AAUUCGGGUGGUUUGGUAAUGUAGCGCCACUCUUGUUCGUAUUGGAGGUGUAGCGCAGUCUGCUCUAGCAAGCUGAAGCGUGUUUGUAUAGCCUCGGCUACACCUGAGAGUCACUAUGCCUGUUGACUAUAGUGGCGCGUGGAACAUGAUCAGUAACGUCAACUUCGACGGAUAUAUGGUAGCCAUCGAUAUUGACUUUGCAACACGGAAGAUUGCGGGUAUGCUGAAGCCCCAGAAGGUGAUUGAGCAAGAUGGUGAUUCGUUUAUUAUGAAGACCCUCAGCACCUUUAGAAACUACUACGCCUCUUUUAAAAUCGGGGAGGAGUUCGAGGAGAUGACUAAAGGAUUGGACAACAGGAAGUGCAAGUCAGUGGUGAACUGGGAUGGAGACCGGAUGGUGUGCGUGCAGGAGGGGGAGAAGCGGGAUCGGGGCUGGACCCACUGGCUCGAGGGAGAUCACCUCUACCUGGAGCUGUACUGUGAAGGUCAAGUCUGUCAACAAAUAUUUAAAAAGAGUCCAUGAUCUUGCAUUGCUUGUGGAUAGAAAACAAUUAUAUUAACCUUUUUUUAAUUUAAACAUUUUGGCCUAUGUUUUACAAUUUUAUGUUUUGUUACUGUGUCAUGAUUUGAAUAUUCAAAUACCAAACCAUUGGUCCACUCCCCUCUUAAUACAGUUCCGCCUCUGAGCAUUUGUCUUCAAAGAUGGUGGCUUUACCUGAAAGUAGCUAAAUAAAGCACUUGUGAUUGCACAAA